UAACCUCAGGGUGUAGGAAAUAUACACUUUUAGGGUUUAAAGGCCCAUUUGCUCGUGAUCCGGAAUACGCUCUAUUGAAAAUCAAACACACCCCGAACUCGCUAACACGUCACUCACCGGAGCCGUGCCACUAGUUAAAAGUCAGUUAGCCAGCGGUGAGCAGCUGGCUGCCCAAGUCUGCCCUUCGAGGAAGGCAUCUGUUUUCUGUUUUGUUGGUCAUGAUGUUAAAUGAGCCAAAGGGGGAGAUGGAGCAGUGGAAUUGGCCAGGUCUUCCUCUUUCAGCCAACUGAUUAAUGAAUUAAGAAGAGCCAAAUUGACAUCAUGGGAAGGAUCAGCUUUUCGUGCCUUUUCCCAGCCUCGUGGCAUUUCAGCCUGUCCUCCCAAGUUCUUCCUCGGCUUCUGAUACCCUCCUUCAGACAGCUGGUGGUCAUCGGCCUGCUGGUCUGCGUCAUAGGACUCCUCUACCUGCUGCUAUUUGCUGGAGAGGGACCCGCCAGCUGGAUCCGAAAGGACAAUGGCUUCCACAGGCGCCUGGCGAGGGUGACUGACGUGGAUGCGACGGACACAAGCAACCCCAACCUGAACUACGGCCUGGUUGUGGACUGUGGCAGCAGUGGCUCCAGGGUGUUUGUUUACUGCUGGCCCCGGCACAACGGUAAUCCCCAUGAACUCCUGGACAUCCGGCAAAUGCGAGAUCAGCACCGCAAGCCAGUGGUCAUGAAGAUCAAGCCGGGCCUCUCUGAACUGGCUAAAACACCAGAGAAAGCCAGUGACUACAUAUACCCUCUUCUUAGUUUCGCAGCUCUACACAUUCCAAAAAAUAAGCACCAAGAAACACCCCUGUAUAUCCUGUGCACGGCUGGAAUGAGAAUCCUACCCGAGAGUCAACAAGAGGCACUUCUUGAGGAUCUGCGCACAGAUAUUCCAGUCCACUUCAACUUUCUCUUCUCUGACUCCCAUGUGGAAGUGAUUUCUGGGAAGCAAGAAGGUGUCUAUGCAUGGAUUGGAAUCAACUUUGUCCUUGGAAGGUUUAACCAUGUGCACAAUGAUGGCGACGGCGUGGUGGAGGUGAAUGUUCCAGGCGGCGAUCAGCAGGAAGCGCUGCUGAGGAAAAGAACUGCUGGUGUGCUGGAUAUGGGGGGUGUCUCCACACAGAUUGCAUACGAAGUGCCCAAAACUGUAAGCUUUGUCUCUCCACAACAGGAGGAAGUUGCCAAGAAUUUACUGGCCGAGUUCAACUUGGGGUGUGACGCGCAUCGCACAGAGCACGUUUAUCGUGUUUACGUGUCCACUUUCCUUGGUUUUGGAGGAAAUGCAGCACGCCAAAGAUACGAAGAGAGCCUCAUCAGAGAAACUGUCUCUCGAAACAAGCUUUUAGGUCAGCACGUGGGUGAACUGGCAGAGUCUCCCAUCCUGGACCCUUGUCUGCCCACAGACCUGCAGGAUGAGAUCGGACCGUCCACCAAGCGGCUCUACCUGCGAGGCUCAGGAGACUUUGACCAGUGCAGACAAAUUCUCCAGCCAUUCCUCAACCGCACCAAUGACACCCACACCUCCCUCAGUGGCAUUUACCAGCCAGCAAUUGACUACGGAAACAGCCAGUUUUACGGCUUCUCUGAGUUCUACUACUGCACAGAGGAUGUGCUACGCAUGGGUGGGGAUUACAAUGCUUCCAAAUAUACCCAGGCUGCCAAGGGCUACUGUGCCACACAGUGGAAGACGCUGAAGGAGCGUUUCGACUCCGGCUUGUAUGCUUCACAUGCAGAUCUUCACAGACUGAAGUAUCAGUGCUUUAAGUCAGCAUGGAUGUAUGAGGUGCUGCACUCCGGUUUCUCUUUCCCAACCAACUACAAAAACCUAAAGACGGCCCUAUUGGUUUAUGAUAAGGAAGUCCAGUGGACGCUUGGAGCCAUACUGUAUAGAACACGGUUUCUACCUUUGAGGGACAUCCAACAGGAGAGUCUCAAAGGGACACAUUCGCACUGGCGGCACAGCUUCUCCUUCGUCAACAACCAUUACUUGUUCUUGGCUUGUUUCUUCAUUGUCCUGCUGUCGAUUAUGCUGUACCUGCUGCGACUGCGCCGCAUUCACCGCCAUGCAGCGCAGGCCUACACACCCUCCUCCGUCCCAUGGUUGGAAGAGGGCCUUGGCUCGCCAACACUCCCCAUCAACCUCUAAACGCUGAACAAAGUGGAGGGGCAUUCUUGUCUUUCCAAAUUCAGAGUUUGCUCUUUCUUUCUGUGUGGCAAUCCAUUUUCUCAGUGGGUCUUUUGAGGCAGGAUGUUGUCAUUUGGACAAAUUGGUACCAUUCUUCAUGAGUGUUGAGACGUUGUACAAUAAUUGAGCUUUAAGUUAUUUUGAGUUUUUU